ACCCCUCAUCAACUCAUUACCUCACUCCAUAAUUUCCAGUCGGUCGUAUUUCCAUUUCCAUUUCCAUUUCUUCCAUGGCCAUUACAAUGCCAUCUUCUCUUCUUCCUUUCUUACCACUUCUGCAACUCACAAUCAUCCUCUCCAUUUCCACCAUGCCUCAAGUUCGCCCCCAAGAAGCUCCUGCUCCCGGACCUCCCUUCGCCUGCGACCUCUCCAAAAACCCUUCGCUCAACGGCCUCAAGUUCUGCGACCCGUCGGCGGACUCCGCCGCCCGAGUGGCGGAUCUCGUCGGCCGCCUCACCCUCGACGAGAAAAUCGGGUGGCUGACCAGCGGCGCCGCCCAAGUCCCCCGCCUCGGCAUCCCUAAAUACGAGUGGUGGUCGGAGGCCCUGCAUGGCGUCUCCUCAACCGGUCCCGGGACCAAAUUCCUCUCCCCGGUCCCCGCCGCCACCAGCUUCCCUCAGGUCAUCCUCACCGCUGCCACUUUCAAUGAGUCAUUGUUCCACGCCAUCGCACAGGUUGUCUCGACGGAGGCUCGUGCAAUGUACAACGUGGCGCUAUCGGGGCUGACAUUCUGGUCCCCGAACGUCAACAUUUUCCGGGAUCCUCGAUGGGGCCGGGGCCAGGAAACUCCCGGCGAAGAUCCUCUGCUUUCGAGCAAAUACGCCGUGGCUUACGUCCGCGGCCUUCAGCAGAGGGACGACGAUUCCGGCGAUCAUUACAAGCUCAAAGUCGCAGCGUGCUGCAAGCACUACACGGCUUACGAUCUCGACAACUGGAAAGGGAACCUUCGAUACACUUUCAACGCCAUCGUGUCGCAACAAGACUUGAUCGAUACGUACCAGCCGCCGUUCCGGAGCUGCGUCGAACAGGGGAAUGUCGCGAGCGUAAUGUGUUCUUACAAUCAGGUGAACGGAAAGCCGACUUGCGGCGAUCGGGAGCUCUUAGACGGCGUAAUCCGGGGGCAAUGGGGGCUCGACGGCUACAUCGUGUCCGAUUGCGAUUCCUUGGAAGAGAUGUUCAAUAGGCAGAAGUUCACCAAGACAGCAGAGGAGACUGCAGCCUUGGCUGUGAACUCAGGGUUGGAUCUCAACUGUGGCUCUUUCCUGGUGAAGAAUGCCCGGGCUGCCGUCAAUCGCGGGCUGCUCAACGAGUCGGCUGUCGACCGAGCUGUCUCGAACAACUUGGCGACGAUGAUGAGGUUGGGGUUCUUUGACGGCGACCCGCGACGGCAGAUUUACGGGAGCCUCGGCCCGAACGAUGUCUGCACAAAAGCGAAUCGAGGACUUGCACGGGAAGCUGCUCGACAGGGGAUCGUGUUAUUGAAGAACACGGAGGGGUCGUUGCCGUUGUCACCUGCGGCGAUCACGUCAUUGGCGGUCGUCGGGCCCAAUGCGAAUGCAACCGUCGCUAUGAUCGGAAACUACGCCGGGACGCCUUGCAAGUACGUAACGCCGUUGCAGGGUUUGACGGCUUCGGUGCCGACGGUGUACCAUCCCGGCUGCGCCGAUGUAUUUUGCGCCAUCGCCGAUGUGGAUGGCGCGAAGAAUGUAAUAGCCGGAGCUGAUGCGGUGAUUUUGGUCGUUGGAUCGAAUCAAUCGAUCGAGGGGGAAGGACUUGACCGCGUCGAUCUUACUCUCCCCGGACAACAACAAACGUUGGUGUCCGAGGUUGCAAGAGCAUCGAGAGGACCGGUGAUCCUCGUCAUCAUGUCGGGAGGCGGCAUGGACGUGCAAUUCGCGAAAGAUGACCCGAAGGUGACGAGCAUCCUUUGGGUCGGGUUCCCUGGCGAAGUCGGCGGUGCCGCCAUUGCCGAUGUCGUCUUCGGACAUCACAACCCUAGCGGGAAACUACCAAUGACUUGGUACCCGCAGUCGUACGUCAAUCAAGUUCAAAUGACGGACAUGAACAUGAGGCCUGAUCCGGCCCGAGGCUAUCCGGGCCGAACUUAUAGAUUCUACACCGGCCCGGUCGUCUUCCCGUUCGGGCACGGGCUAAGCUACACCGAAUUCGACCACCGAUUAGUUACGGCGCCGGUGCACGUGUCGCUCCCUUUAGAUGAGAACCACGAAUGCCGUCGAGGUCUCUCGACGUCAUGCAAAUCGAUCGACGCGGCGGAGGAAUCAUGCAACGGUCUAGACUUCGACGUCCAUCUAAGCGUAAAGAACGUGGGGUCGAGGACCGGCGGGCACACGGUGAUGCUAUUCUCGAGCCCUCCCGACGACGUCGACGGCGGCGCGCCGACGAGGCAGCUUGUUGGGUUUAGAAAAAUGGAGUUGGGACCAAAAGAUGAAGAGAUUGUUGAGUUUAAAGUAGACGUGUGCAGACAUUUGAGUGCUGUAGACGAAAAUGGGAAUAGGAAAGUUGUCUUAGGACAACAUUUGCUUCAUGUGGGAACUUUGACACAUUCCUUCAAUGUUCAUAUUUGAAGGGAUCAUUUUUUUUUUUUUUUUUUUUUUUUUUUGUCACAUUUCUUUGUCCUAAACAUGAAAAUUGUAAAAUAAAUUGAGCAUAAUUGGAGAAGAAAGAAGUGAUUUGGGCAAAUUUGGGGAUUAUUGUUACAUUGUGGUUUUCUUGGAUUGAUAUGAA